CACACAUUAUAUAGCUAUAGCUAUCAUUUUCCACAACAUUCAAAUACACACAAAAAAAAGUAACAAAAUGUUGAAGCCUUUCUAUUUGAUAUCAAACAUUAUGAACAUUUUGUUCAUAUCACUUUUAGUAGUAAUAGCUACAUCAUGUGUAAGUUGUGUUUAUGUGAAUGAACAAUAUUGUAAUCCUCAACCAUCAAUAUUGAUAAAAUCAUUUUGUUUAGUUACUUCCUUAGUUUACUACAUCUUCAUGAGUAGACCAAACAAAAUAUACUUAGUAGAUUUUUCAUGUUACAAACCAAACAUUAAUUGUCUUUGCACAAAAGAAAUGUUAUUGGAGAGAGCUAAACAAUUUGGUUUUCUUUCCCAAGAAAAUUUUAUUUUAAUUAAUAAAAUUUUAGAUAGGUCAGGAGUCGGACCCAGGACCUACGUUCCUGAAGGAUUGUUACAAGUUCCGCCAAAAUUAACACUUGAAGAAGCAAGAAAUGAAUCAUAUGCUGUUCUCUUUGGAGCUGUUGAUGAACUUCUUGAGAAAACAUGUGUUGAAGCUAAAGAUAUUGGAAUUCUUGUAGUGAAUUGUUGUUUAUUUAAUCCUACACCAUCACUUUCAGAUGCUAUUGUUAAUCAUUAUAAACUUAGAGGAAAUAUUUUAAUUUAUAAUCUUAGUGGUAUGGGAUGCAGUGCUGGUGUUAUUGCUGUGGAUUUUGUCAAACGCCUACUUCAGGCACACCCAAACUCAUAUGCAUUGGUGCUAAGUACAGAAAAUGAAAUCUCUAGCAUAUACAAAGGUAACAACCCUUCAAUGCUACUUACUAAUUGUCUCUUUCGCAUGGGCGGAUCGGCAGCCCUACUCUCGAGUCAUCCAUCGGACCGUAGCCGCUCAAAAUAUCAAUUGAUGCAUUCAUUGCGCACUCAUGUAGGCGCCGACGACAAUAGUUACAAAUGUGUCUUUCAGGAAGAAGAUGACAAAGAAAUUGUUGGUGUUGCACUCUCGAAAGAACUCAUGAAUGUUGCUAGAGACGCACUUCGCGUACACAUAACAUCGCUUGGUCCAUUAGUCCUCCCAAUUUCGGAAAAACUUAAGUAUGUGAAAAAUUUAUUUGAGAGGAAGGUUUUGAAGAGGAUGAUCGAAGGGUAUGUGCCGAAUUUCAAGUUAGCUUUCGAUCAAUUUUGUAUGCAUACGGGCGGUAGAGCGGUUCUCGAUCGGAUGCAAAAGAGUCUUGAGCUUGAUGAUUUUCAUAUGGAGCCUUCAAGAAUGACACUUUAUAGAUUUGGUAACACAUCAUCAAGUUCUGUUUGGUAUGAAUUAUCUUAUUGUGAAGCUAAGGGGAGAAUUAAAAAGGGACAUAAAGUUUGGCAAAUGGCUUUUGGAUCUGGAUUUAAGGUUAAUACUGCUGUUUGGCUUGCUUUGAAGAAUGUUGAUACUAAAUCAUUGAAAAAUCCUUGGAUGGAUGAGAUUCAUGAAUUCCCUGUUCCAAUGCCAACCAACAAACAUAUGAUUAAAGCAUAAUUUUAUAAAUUUCAUGUCAUGUUAGUACUUUAUUUUGUGUCUAUUAAGAUUAAUUAGGUUUAUUUAUGUGUAUUGUGUUAUUUAUUUUGAGAAAAAUUAUGUGCUCAAUUGUGUUGUGUGGUGUGAUGUGAUGUGUGCUGAGAAGAAUUUGAAUGAAAUUUAUAUUUUAAUGAUUAGUGAAUUUUUUUAAUAGUAAUC